CCAACGGUUGUAUGAUUUUUUGCCACUGGAUUUAACAUUUUCAGUCGCGUCUGUAACAGCUUCGUAGUCUAACGAACCAAGGGAUGAUUCUUGCUGGAAGUCAGUUGGUUGUGGGCCUAAAAUGAAUAAAACGAACCACUAUGUAAUUGCGAAUUUUGACCAAAAAUUAAAAAUUUUCAAACAAAGAAAGAAACUUCUUCGCAGGUAGGUAUAACAAAAAAAAACAUCAAAGAGAAAUACUUACUUUGUUCCCUAGAACUGUUUGAAGGUGUUUCGUCUGAAGUUUUUUCCUUUUCAGCGGCCCUUUGUUGAGCUUCUUUCUCUUGUAAUUUAGCUAACUUCCUGAUGUAAGACAUUUUGAAAGCCGGGAGAUAAAAAAGGAAACAGCUAGAAAAGAAAAGACGUCCAUAUGGCUUACAACAAGACGUUCGAGUUUACAGCUGCUGUCAGAGGAUUCCAUUAUUAUAAAACUUAUUGGAAACCUGAGGAAAAUCAAUCACUGGACUGCUUUCAUGAGAACAACAAUGUUUUCGAUAGAUUUGCAAUCAAAGUUUGUGAAUUCGGAAAUGACAAACCAGUUGGCCAUUUACCCAAAGAAAUCUCAAGGGUUACAAAAUUUCUUCUGGACAGAGGAGCGUCUAUGAAAUCCACGUUGACAAGUGUACACUAUCGAAGAUCACCUCUCGUUCAAGGAGGCUUGGAGAUCCCCUGUAAAAUAACUGUUACUUUACCAGGGACAGUAAACAAUCUUUUGGUUCUUGCAAGAUACCAACAACUUGUAGAAGCCUUGUAUACAGAGCCGAAAGAGGAAUUGAUUCUUGGUUCGUUCUUACAUAUUGCAGUUAUUUUAGAUGUCGUGGUUCCAACCGAAGAGAGACCAAAGCGUAAAAAAAAUACAGCCAAAAGCCAAAGCAAAGAGACGAAAAAGCAAAAAGAUAUUCGAAACUUUUUUGGAAACACCUCAGCUGCACCAGCCCCAAAAAGGCAAAAAGUUAACAACAAACCUAAAAAGUCGUCACCAUCGUCAAGCAAGGACUUAGAAAUCAUAAAUAUUGAUUAAAAAUUAUCUUGUAUUAGAGGUUUAUUAUGACAUAAUAUUUCUAGCGCAAAGGUAUAUUUCUAAAAGAUAUAAAAAAUUGAAAAAAAGUU